UUGAGGUGAUUUUUCCCACUAAUCGUCUUCUUAGUUCAACAACAGUAUAGAACUUCUACAACACUUAAGAGAAAUCUUUGAAUUUCGCACGUUGAGAGUGAUUUUGUAUCAGAUGAGAGAGACUGAAAGUUUUUUAUAUUCACAUUAAUGAUAAAGUUUUUACAAGAAUCAGCUUAUAUACAUGCUUAAUUUUAAGGGAAAAUUGGAUAAAUAGGACACUUUGAACUUGGAUUUGUCACAUUAGGAUUUCUAGAAGAUAUUUUAGGAAAAUAAGAUUUUAGAUCUUGUAAAAUACCAAAGUACCCUUAAUUUACCAAUUAUGUUGAAUUUAAAUUAUAAAUUAUAAUAAUUUUCGUUUUAAUGUUAAAAUUAAAAUCUAUAAAAAUUAUAAAAAAAAUCGUUUUAAUGUUAAAAGUAAAAUCUAUUAAAAUUAAAAAAAAAACACUAAAUGGGAAAAAGGAGUCGCGGGAUGCCGCAAACCUAAUUCCUUUUCUCCUUGUCUUCUCCGUCGUGAGUCGUCGCUCUCCCACGGCGAUUUAGGGUUCAACGUUGAUAAGCUCUGUUCUUCGUCGGUGUUUCAUCAGCCCGUGGUCUCUACUCUCGUCUCCGUCACCAUCCUUUUCGAUCUCACUGAAGACACAACGGCUGCGAAUCGUUCUUCCUCUUCGUUGGGUCAAAUCGAUUUUUGAAGUGUUCUUCCAUCAAUUUCGCUUCUCAAUCUCACAAUUCUUCACAUAAGGUAUUGGAUUACAUCUAUAGAUUCUCAUAUUAAACGAAAUCGAAGAGUUCUUCCAUUAAAGCUCGAUUUUUUUUAAAAACGAUUUGGCGUGUUUGAACUAACAAUUUUGUCACGGUUUGUAGCUAUGUCUGAGGAGCUACCGAAGAGGCUUUUUAAGGAGGGCGAGGAGCCCCGAGUUACUCAGAUCAACAACAACUGCAGGAUCGACUACAUAAUCCAAAAGUUCCAAGCGUGGCUGCCAAAGGAGUUGGAUGUCGUGAAGAAAGACCCGGUUUUUCAUCAGAUUUUUAAGCUCCACGAGAAUGGUCUUGGAUACUCUGCCAGGGUGAUACACAGCUUCUUGUGUAGGGAGCUGGUGACUUUCUUACAGCACGAGCUAUGGUUUGUCUUUGCGAGGAGACCGCUUCGAUUCUCAUUGCAAGAGUUCCACGCCGUAACCGGGUUUGAAUGCGAUACUCAUAUCUCGCUUGAGGAGUUUGAAGAGUGGAAAUAUGAUGGUGGUUUCUGGAGCAAGGUUUUGAGGAGAAAAGAUGGAACAAUUACACUCUUCAACCUGUGGACUAAGGACAAGGAAGCUGUAAAGAAGUGGAGGAAUGCAGAUCGCAUACGUCUUGUCUACUUGGCGAUCAUUCUUUGUGUGGUAUUGGCGAGAGAUGAGAAGGCUAAUAUCCCCCUGAAGUACAUCGCGGUGGUCAUGGAUCUUGACAGAGUUCGAAGGUAUCCUUGGGGAGUUGCUGCUUAUGACCUUCUCUGCAAAUCAAUAGCCAAAAAUCGUUCCCAACUGAAGGAAAAGACCACUAGCUAUGUCUUGGAUGGCUUCUCAUACGCCUUGCAGAUUUGGGCAAUGGAAGCGGUACCAAAAAUUGGGAAGCUUUGUGGAAAAAAGCUGGAUAAGGGUUUCAAGGACGGUCCUAGAUGCAUAAACUGGAUGGGAGCUGCGAAGGUGUCAUAUGAGGAGAUCAUUCGCUUGGAGGAGAUUAUUACACCCAAGGAUGACAUCUACCCAUACAUCUCAUGGACAGGAAAUUAUGAUGUUGUCAAAGCUCAGGCGUUUCGCAGAGAUGAUGAUGUGGAGGAUGAUAGAAUCAAUGUUCUGAUGGAGAUGAUAAAGAAGGGGCAUGAUUUUAGUGAGCAUGUUUGGGAAACUGAAGAAAAUGAAGUGAUUUCUUUAUCUCUCGAUGACGAAUCAGCUGUGAAUGAUGAAGCAAGCGUGAAUGUUGAAGCAGCCGAGAGUGAUGACGACUUUCAGACUCCGAAAGGAUAAAAAAACGUUGGUUCUAGAUCAAAGAGGGGUAAAAAGAGGCUUCCCGAUCGUGGUAUGGAGAAGAGAAAGCAUAAGGUUCUCGCAAGUGGUGCAAAGCAAGCUCCUUUUAAUGAAGACAUGAAGGCUUUUAUGACACAGUUGUUUGAGCACAACUUCUCUGGAAUGGAACAAAGGAUACAGAAACAGAUGGCCGAGACAUUUGAGCAGAUGCGGACAGAGCUUAAACAAUCACGUAAGGAAGCCAGCGUUGAAGUUGAGCUUGGAGAGCCUUCACCGACAAAGCCAUCGACGAGCCAGGCACCGUUGAGGAGGUCCACACGCGGGGUAAACAAACACUAGUCUUCACCAUCCUCUUCAAUGUUAUUUUGUCUUGUUUAAGUUCGUGGUUUGCGUGUCUGUUUGUUUUAUUGGCAUCUAAGUUAUCGGCCUGAAUUUUGUUGUACUUUAUAAGGUCUCGGUUUGUAUGUGUGCUUGGUGUGUAAGUGUCCUUGGUUUGUAAGUGUCUUGUUUGAACUUAUGUAAUGGUCUGGAACUUUUAUGUAAAAUAAUUAUGUAAUGAUAAUGUAUUUUGGUGUCUCAAUUAUUGCUUAUUUGUCGUGACAUAACAGGAUGGUUCCGAGACUACAUUCGAUGUGAAUUAUAGUGAAGCAGAUGAUAUGGGUCGCGGGAUAGGUACGCAAGGGGUUGAAGGGCUUUCUCAGACGUCGUAUGUGCCAGGCUUUGAUCCAUCUCAGGACAAAAAAGAAGAAGACUGGUGGACUCCAAUGACUUCGGUCCGAGGUUCAGUGGAUAAUCCAGUAAAGAAAGAAAAGACAGAGAUGAAUACAGCUCCACCGCCGUCACAGUGGGAGAAAUGGUGCAAAAGAAAAGGUCAUGGACUUCAGCUUAGCGAUUCACCAUUGCCAGAAGAUGCUUCUCCGCAGGCGUCACUUUAUUAUAUCUCCGAAGAGUCAUGGAAAGGAUUCACGGAAUGGGCAUUAAAGCCUAUACCUUUAACAAUUGGUCCUACAUGCUUUAAUUUGUCUGUAGCUACAAGAGUAGUAAGUGCUGGAAAAUGGCUUGGAAACGAGGUAAUGAAUCUUGUACUAACCUUUAGUGAAUUUAUCUUCCUAAUACUUCUUAUAUGCUAUAUUACUUAACUUUCAUUGUAAAUUUUUAGGAGAUGGAUGCGGUUAUGUUUAUAUGGCGUGUGAACACUACAUUGAAUCGUUGGGCCCCUCGCCGUGUUGCUUUCAUGAGUGCUAUGUUUUGCCUCCAAGUAGACGCUGCAUACAAGAAGUUUUUACCAAACAAAAAAGCCUAUCAAUUGCCUGAUUUCCUUCUUGGGUACGGCAGAGGAGAGCUUCCAUCUCAUGGGCAGACUGAUCUAGUUUGGGGUGUUGAUGUUGAUCGACUCUACUUUCCUCUGUUUGUAAAUGGUAACCAUUCAGUUCUUUUUACAUCCUAGUAUACAUUUCUUCGUUUACAUAUUUUUGUGGACUCGAACGCAGGUAAUCACUGGGUUGGUGUCUGUGUAAACAUCAUUGAAAGAAAAGUGGAAGUCUUUGAUUGCGGUCGGGGAAAGAACAGACAGUACGUUGAGAAGUUUGCUGCUAUCAUUCCUAGGAUAGUGAAGUCCGUUGCACCACAAGAAAGACAGAAGCAGCUACUCCUCUCAUCAUAUUCUAUCGUGGAUGUGCCUAUGAAGUUGAGAUUGAACAAAAGUUGUUGUGAUUGCGGUGCAUACGCUCUGAAGCACUUGGAAUGCUCGCUGCUUGGUCUUGACGUCAGUUUAGUGGAUGAUGAAAUCAUUAUGGGUUGUAGACAGAAGAUUGGAGUGGACUUAUGGGAGGCUGCACACGACCCCAUCUUUGCUGAGGUUAUGACACGAUAUGUGCCUUCACCAUGGGAGAGGUCUGAGGUCUUUGACCUCGAGGAUGAUUGAUUAACUGUGAUUUUAGUAGUUUGGUUUGUUAGAAUUAGAAAACAACUUUGGCUUUGGUAUUUGAUUUGAAUUAAGAAACAACUCUAGAUUUGAUUUUGUAUAAAUUAUGAAACAACCCUAUAAAGAAUUGUGUGCUACAAAAUCAUAAAACCUGAGGACCCAAACCCUAAACAAACCCUUAACUAAAACCAUAACCAUAGACAUACCCUAACCAAACCCUAAAACCAUAAUACAAUAAUGAUUCUUAAUCAUACCCUAAACAAACCCUAAAUCCGUAAUUCAUAGUCAAACCCUUAACCCUAAACAAACUCUAAAACCAUAACCGUAGACAUACUCUAACCAAACCCUUAACUAAAACCAAAGUACAAAUUAAUCCAACGCCUCAAACACACACCUAUUUAUUGAUUAUUGUACAUUGGUCACUAUCUAAGUACGUCCGUCCACUAUGUUUGAUAGAUGUUUAAACACUAAUUUAGAGGGUUCAAAGACAAAGUUCUUGUGGUGUUAUCGAUAAAUUUAGUGACUUUUUUUCUGCUCUGCCUUAGCUAGAAUACGCGUUAUGGGAGUAUGAAACGACGUAGUUUUGGUUAUUUUUUUGACCUAAUCACUUUUCUUCCUCAUUCUUCCUCGACAGAGAGAUUGCAGCGGCGAAAAGUUGGAGAUCGACUCCCUCAUGUCUUCAGUAAAUUCUUCAUCCACUACAAGAGAUCGCCUCGCGAAACAACGGGGAAUUCCCACAAGAUGCAAUUGCGGUGAGGCAGUGAAUCGUUUCACUUCAAAAACAAUUCAAAAUCCGGGAAGAUUAUUUCAUUGUUGUCCUUUGGGAUCUCAGAAGGUUAGUCGUGUUAUCAUAUAACUGUCUCCUUGUUGUCCGAUGAGAGUAGAAUUAGUCAAUCUAAUUGUGUAUUGGAUGUUACUGAUGAAGGACAAAACCCACUUGUUCAAAUGGACUGACAAGUCAGUUGUUGAGGAGAUUGAAGACUUCCAAGACCUGUUUGACGUGUUACUCGUUGACAAUUCCGAGUUUCAGAAAUCAGUGAGAGCUGGUGAGGCCAUGAUGACACGCCAUGAGAGUAGAAUUCAAGAGAUGGAAGAUGCAAUGUGCCAUUACGAAGAGAAGACCUCGGAAUGCAUUAGGGAACUAAGGGGCAUAAAAGCUUUGUUUGUGUGUUGUUUGGUGAUGGUCUUCUUGUACCAUAUCUAUGCAUGAUGUUCAACAAAGGCAGCGACUUCGCGCACAACUACUUUUAUGUGCUUCCUCAACUUGUUGUUUCUUUUUUUCAAAGAAGUUAAGACCAUGUUUCUUGUUAUUUCGAGGUGAUCAUCAUCUACUGAAACGAAUUAUUUUGCAAAUACUUUGGUUGUUACUAGAAUAAAUCGAUUUGUCUCUAUAGUUUAGCAAAUACCAAAUUGUCAAAUAGGUUUU